AUGAUUUCGCAAUACAUCGCAACAGUCGCUAUCUUGAUUUGCAGCAUCUUGAGUAUUAACGUCACGGCAUACACUCCCUUAUCCGAUGAGACAUUUCGUAGUCUCCCAUCUGCAGGCGCAGAUUUUGAUAUACAUAAUGGAGCCAUUCUUUCACCGAUUUUGAUCCCUAGAGUCCCAGGAACCCCAGGAAUUCAAACUGUUCAAAGACACUUCGUUGAUUUCUUUACAACGCAUCUUCCAGAAUGGACAAUUGAAUUCCAAAACUCGACUUCGAAGACUCCCGUCACCGGCGACAAACAAGUGCCAUUUGUUAAUAUCAUUAUAACUCGCGAUCCUCCUUGGGCGAAAUCUGGAGAUGUAGGAAGAUUGGCCUUGGUGGCACACUACGAUAGCAAACUCACCCCUACGGGAUUUAUUGGCGCAACUGACAGCGCAGCUCCUUGUGCGAUGAUUAUGCAUGCAGCUAGAAGUGUGGAUCAGGCAUUAAAGAAUAAAUGGGAAGCGAUGAAAACGGCAGGUGAUAUUGGUUUGGAAGAAGAAAAGGGUGUUCAAAUACUGUUCCUCGACGGCGAAGAAGCAUUCCUGAGCUGGACUAAUGAUGAUUCUCUUUAUGGCGCAAGAGCAUUGGCGGAAACAUGGGAAGCGACGGCGCAUGCAGCUAUGUCGAAUUACAAAAAUCCAUUAGACUCGAUUAGCUUGUUUCUUCUUCUUGAUCUUCUUGGGCACGAAAAUCCAAGCAUUCCUUCAUAUUUCGAAACUACACAUUGGGCAUACAAAAGUCUUGCUACCAUUGAAAAUCGUUUACGAUGGCUUGGGAUAGCUCAAACAAAAGUCGAACACCAUUUCCUUCCUGAUGUCGGUCGGACUACCUUUUCUGGUUUCGGUGGUGUACAAGAUGAUCAUAUACCUUUCAUGGCCCGUGGUGUGGAAAUUUUACACAUGAUACCCAACCCAUUUCCGAGCGUUUGGCAUCAUAUUGAGGAUGACGGGGAGCAUUUAGACAUGCGUACAGUAGAGGAUUGGGCUAAAAUAGUAACAGCAUUUGUUGCUGAAUGGAUGGAUCUGGAAGGACAUUUUCCAUCGAAAGCACAAGCGGAAGCAAAGAAGGCAAAGAGAGACACCACUUCUGAUAGAAAGACGGAACUUAGUAAUGAGACUUAG